GGUCGGUUGUGCCAGGAUGUUCAGCUUAUCUGGUCUUGGAGAACACCGAAGGACAGGCAGACUUUGAAUGCUUGAACAAGCAGCUCACACAUACACCAUAACGCCCCAAGAAGAGCAGCAGAGUUUUUGCGCGCAAUUGCAGCCUGUAAGAGUCUGUCAUUUAAGCUCUGUGUUUAUCAUCACUCUUUGCCCCGUCCCCACCCCCCGUGCAACGACACUUUUUGCUACCCAACCAGAGAGAAGAAGAAGUAACUUCCAAACCACCAAACUGGCUCGCAUCACCCGCUGCACCUGCUCCGUCCUCUGGCUCACAUUGCCCCUCUUCAUCGGAAUCGCCCUCAUCCUGGCUCCCUCACUCCGCCUCCCCGCCCCCAGGCUCCUGUUCGGCCACCUACGACCACGGCCAACAUCCACAGCAACCUUUCAGACCUCAACCCACCCUUUCAGACCGCCUACUCUCACCUCCAGUCGACUGCCCCUCACGACCGCAAGCAUGGCCCCUUCACACCUCAAAAGCCCGCCCCAGGCACCACCACUCUUCACGGGAACGCCCUCGUCCAUCGUAGACGACACCAAACGCCUCAUCGAGCAAUCCCGCAAAGUGCAAGAUGCCGUAGCGAAGAAUGUCUCUCACGAGGCGGCCGACUUCGCCAAGGUGCUGCUGCCGCUGGCACACGACGAGAAUUCCAUGGCACUGGAGUCUCAUAUCCUGGGCUUCUACCAGGCGGUGUCGACGGACUCGAAGUUGCGCGAUGCGUCCACCGAGGCGGAGAAGUUGAUGGAUGACUUUGCCAUCGAGUCGGCUAUGCGUGAGGAUCUAUUCAAACUGGUGGAUGCGGUGCUGAAGAAGGGGGAGAAGCUGGAGCCGGAGUCGCAGAGGUUAUUGGAGAAGGAGCAUAAGGAUUAUAUUCGGAAUGGGCUGGGGUUGCCUGCGGGUCCGAAGAGGGAUCGGUUCAAAGAGAUCAAGAAGAGAUUGAGUCAGAUCGCUAUCGAGUUUCAGAAGAAUCUGAACGAGGAGAAAGGUGGCGUGUGGCUGACGAGGGAGGAGUUGCACGGCGUUCCUGAGGAUGUGGUUUCUGGUUUGAAGAAAGGGGAAGGGGAGAAUGAAGGGAAAUUGUUUUUGACGUUCAAGUAUCCGGAUUUAUUCCCGUUGACAAAGUAUGCUACGAAUGCGGAUGUGAGGAAGCGGGUUAUGAUUGCGAACGAGAACAAGUGCAAUCAGAAUGUGCCUCUCUUUAAAGAAGCGAUUAUCCUUCGAGAUGAAGCUGCACGAUUGCUCGGCUACCCAAACCAUGCAACCUUCCGUAUUGAGGAUAAGAUGGCAAAGACACCAGAAACAGUCGAUAAGUUCUUGGGAGAUCUUCGCGCUAGAUUGAAGGACGGUGGCCAGAAGGAGAUUGAGAAGCUUAAGGAACUCAAGGCCAAGGACCUCAAGGCACGAACCCCAAGCCAAGAGGCUGAUGGCCAUUACUUCUUAUGGGACCACCGCUUCUACGAUCGCAUGAUGCUGGAAAAGGACUAUCAGCUCGAUCACCAAUUGAUCGCGGAAUUCUUCCCGCUGCAGACCACUAUCCGUGGCAUGUUGAAGAUCUUUGAAGAUCUCUUUGGCCUUGUCUUUGUCGAAAUUGAAGGAGAAGAGCGAAGUAAGCUUUCUGAAACCGGUAAGGGAGACGAUAUCGUCUGGCAUGAGGAUGUCCAGGUUUUCAGUGUGUGGGAUGACGAAGGCGAGGGCAGUGGUUUCGUUGGGUACCUCUACCUCGAUCUGUUCCCAAGAGAGGGCAAAUAUGGCCACGCUGCGAACUUCAAUCUACAGCCGGGUUUCAUCGACAAGGACGGAAAACGUAGAUAUCCAGCAACUGCUUUGGUAUGCAACUUCUCAAAGUCUACGCCUAAGAAACCUAGCUUGCUCAAGCACGACGAAGUGGUGACGCUCUUCCACGAGUUGGGCCACGGUAUCCACGACCUCGUCUCAAAGACCACAUAUUCCCGCUUCCAUGGAACCAACACUGUUCGUGACUUUGUUGAGGCUCCCAGCCAGAUGCUUGAAAACUGGUGCUGGACACCGUCGCAGCUUAAAUCGCUCAGCAAACAUUUCUCGUAUCUCUCGCCUGAGUAUCUCGAGGCCUGGAAGGAGCAGGCUGGCGAUAAACCUAGACCUUCGGAACAGAUCCCUGACGAACUCAUUGAAAACCUGAUUAAGACCAAGCAUGUAAAUGAUGCGUUGUUCAAUCUUAGACAGCUUCACUUUGGCAUCUUCGACAUGGCUGUGCAUGAGCCUGUGGACCAUGACGCGAUCCAGAAGUUGGACGUUUCGGAGAAAUACAACUCUCUUCGCAAGGAGAUUACAAACUUUGAGGGCCCUGAAGUUCUUGGCCUUGGCUACAACUGGGGACACGGCCAAGCAACCUUCGGUCACCUUAUUGGGGGCUAUGACGCCGGGUAUUAUGGUUACCUUAGCUCCCAAGUAUAUUCGACAGACAUGUUCUAUAGCGUGUUCAAGGAUGAACCCAUGAACAAAAAGGAAGGCCGAAGGUAUAGGUACACCGUGCUUGAGAAAGGCGGAAGCCAGGACGAGAUGGAGACAUUGAAGGAGUUCCUUGGUCGCGAACCUAAGCCAGAUGCAUUCUACAAAGAGCUUGGUUUAGCCUAAGUGGAUACGAAUAGUCCAUCUUGCAGAAACAUUGCAUUCUUGUUCGUAACAGCGGGACCUUCCGCCAACACAAGAGCAUAGAUACCAAAAAUGGUGCUAUUUUUGAGACA